GGCAACCCAAAAGUGCAUGAAAAGAAAUCAUUAAGCCAGAUAGAGAGACGAGGGAAAAUGGUUGGCACUGGUACAAUCGCUUUUGGGAGGAGUACCAAAGAAAUUAUUAAACCGUCUUCUCCAACUCCACCUCACCUUAAACGUCUCCAGCUUUCCCUUCUUGACCAGCUUAUUGUUGAUGUUUAUGUACCUUUGGUUUUUUUCUACACUCAAAAUGAAGGUGAUCUUGGUGAAAGAUCCCAAAUCCUAAAAUCGUCCUUAUCUGAGGUUCUCACUCAAUUCUAUCCACUUGCUGGAAGAAUAAAGGAAAAUGCCUGGGUCGAAUGCAACGACGAUGGGGUGGACUAUACUGAAUGUCAGGUUAUUGAUUGUUCCAUUCCGGAGAUUCUUCACCAACCAAAUCUGAAGCUACUUGCAAAACUUCUCCCUAGUGAUUCUACCUUUUUUUCUGGAGCUGCCACAAAUGAAGGUCCUCUUGUGAGUGUUCAAGUUAGCUUCUUUAACCGUGGUGGAUUGGCAAUCGGGAUUUGGUUAUCGCACAAGGUGUUAGAUGGGGCCUCCCUCACUGCAUUCAUAAAGAGCUGGGCAGCCAUUGGUAGAAGGGAUCCCGGUCACUUGUUCUCUCCAGACUUUAACAAAGCAUCAUCUCUUUUUCCCCCUUUACAGUUCCCACCUGAAAUUGCAAAGCUGCCCUAUCAGAACAGGAAUGUAAUUAAGAGAACGUUUGUGUUUCACUCCUCAAAGAUAGCGGAACUCAAAGCUAAAGCUGCCAGUGAAAGAGUCUCACAACCAUCCCGCGUGGAAGCUGUGACGGCACUCAUAUGGAAGUGUGCAGUGACUGCAUCAAGGUCAAAUACCGGGUCUUUCAAACCAUCUGCUUUGUACCAACCUGUGAACUUGCGAAGGAGAAUCAUUUCAGAGAACUCAAUGGGUAAUCUCUUCGGGAGGUUGGUCGCACAAAUUGGAGAUGGUGAGAUUCAAUUGCCAUUCUUGGUUGAUCAACUUAGGACAAAGUUAAGAGAAGCCACUAAAUUGUUUGAAGAGAAAAUUCAAGGGAACGAGGCAUCUUCGAUCAUUUUUGGGUUCCACAAAGAGGUAAGAGAGCUUCAUCUCAAAGGGGAUGAUAUAGAUGUCUACUCUUUCACUAGUUGGUGCAAAUUCCCAUUAUACGAAGCUGAUUUUGGAUGGGGAAAGCCAUGUUGGGUAAGUAUUCCUCCGGGGGCUGUGAAAAAUUGUGUUGUAUUGUUGGAUACAGAAGAGGGAGAAGGGAUAGAAGCAUGGGUGACCUUGAGGGAAGAAGAUAUGGCUUUGUUCGAACAUGACCAGGAACUACUUAAAUUUGCGUCUGUGAGUUGCAGUCCUCUAGCUUGAUUUCUCUUGUUUCCUUGUAUCCUUGUGUUAGUACUCCUUUUCAAUAAAAUUGUACAUUUUGC